AUGCAGACGACCAUCAGCCACAGCGUCGCCGCCUGGCUCGUCGGGUCCGUGCUCUGCGGCGUGACGUCCAAGCAAAUCUUAUCCGAGAUCCACUGCCCGUACACGCUUUCUGCACUGCAGAUGACGCUGGCCUACAUCUGCCACGCUCUCUGGGCCGCGCCACGCCGGUCGCCCGAGACCGUGCUCAGCGAAUCCCAAGAAAUAAGCCUCCUCUUCGCCGCCUUGGCGUUCGCGAUCGGUGUCUCGUGUCUCAACGGCGGCUUUGAGCUCAUGCACGUAUCCAUCAGCGAGACGCUGCGCGCCUUGGAGCCUCUAUGGACCGUGUCCUUGGCCAUGACGCGCCUGCGACGCGACGCUCCCGUGAGCAGGCUACGCCUUGUGGCGCUGGGUCCCAUCGUUCUCGGCGUCGGUCUCUCUGCGUACCACAACGCGUCCUUUCGCAUCUUAGGCUUGGCCAUGGUCAUGGUCGCCAACAUUGUCUUCCCGAUUCGGUCGCUUCUCGUCAAGCAGCUGCAGCGCGCGCUGCCGCUCGAACACAUUUUCGCAGCAACGCUCUUGUAUGGCAUGCUCUUCCAGUGGCUUGGCGCGACCGUCUCGCUGGCGUUUGGCGGCGUCCGCUGGAUCGAGUUGCAACCCAAGCACGUCCUUGUGGGUCUUCUCAAUGGCGUGAGCUUUUAUACCUACCAUCGCGCAUCGUACAGCGUACUUGUCGCGACCGACAUGACGACCCACGCGGUCGUGAAUGCCUUCCGACGCGUGCUCACGAUUCUCUUCUCGUUCGCCUACUUCGGCGUCCCUCUAGCGCCUGGAAAUGCCCUUGGGAUGGUCGUGGCGGGGGCUGGCGCCCUGCUGUACGCCCGCGCACUGCGCCAGGAGCGCCAGGACGCAACCGACACCAUACAAGCCAAAGACACGGUGUAG